ACUUUAACAACAUUGCCAUGCAUCGUCAUCCCCUUCAAAUACCUAAAAUGAGGUGACACUUAUUGCACAUUGCCUCACCACUAUGAACUCGCCAUUUCCAAAAUCCUCGUCGGCAGCCGGCGAGGGCAAGAUUAUCGCCCGGCUUCAACCCGAUGGAGUCUCUGGCUUGGAGACCAUCACCUACCAGUAUCCACUCAAGCUCAUCUCCCCGUCAAAGCCGGCCGAGGACAAGAGCGUUCUGGUGUUCUUCCUCUCCUAUGGCGGUGGUCUGGUUGGUGGCGACCAGGUCGACCUCUCAAUCCAGGUCCAUCCACAAGCAAAGUUGACCAUUGUCACCCAGGGCCAUACCAAGGUCUUCACCUCUACGAAACCCGAUAUUGUGACGCGCCAGACACUGCGCGCACAAGUGGCAUCAGGCGGUGCCCUCUGUCUUUUACCGGAUCCCGUCCAGCCGUUCGCGGGCAGCGUUUACGAACAGACGCAGAUUUUCAAGCUGGCCAAGGAUGCCUCGCUCUGCCUCUUGGACUGGGUCACUCAGGGGCGGUCGGCUCGGGGAGAGGACUGGAGCUUUGUUCGAUGGCUUGGUCGCAACGAGGUGUGGACGCUGCCGGGAGACGAUGAUAGCGGAGGUCGACUUCUUGUACGGGACUCCCUUAUCCUGGACAGUGCACAGGCGCACCCACAGAUGAAGACGCUGCGUGAGUCAAUGCAUGCAAUAGGCAUUAUGGGUACGCUUAUCCUGCGAGGGCCGUUGAUGAAGUCUCUGGGCGAUUUCUUCUUGGCCGAGUUCGCUGCUUUACCGCGAAUCGGAGCGCGGGACUGGCGGAGUGAGAAUGCGAAGAAGGCAGAGGUCAUCGAGGGACUGUCGGCGGCGGAGACGUGGCGGCGUGACAGACUCAAGAUGGAGAAGGAUAGUGGACUGCUUUGGUCCGCUGCCCUUGUCAGGGGCUGUGUGGUGGUUAAGUUUGGUGCCCCAGAGGUUGAAGCUGGGAGAAUAUGGAUAGGAUCGAUGCUUGUGCAGGAGGGGAGCAUUGAUGAGAUCUUUGGAGACCAUGCACCUUGAAUCCAUGCGGCGUCUGUUAAAGAUAGUAAUCUGACCGGAGCUGCCUGACGCUGCCGUAUCUGGAGGAAGGGGGAUGAAGCUGUGAAGAUGGGAAAAGAAAGUGGCCUUCAUCCUGUUUGAGGAAGGUGUUCAUGGUCAUUGUACAAUGAAGUUGGCAGGAGCAAUGAAUAACCGAACGCAUAUGAUGUCUUCUUCACAAUGACUUCAGUUGGACAAUCAAGGGCCCAAUCGCAUUCUGCACGGUCGAUAGUACCUGCAGGUCCAAGAGAACCGCUCGCACGGACAUUGUUGGUUGCAGCGGUUAGGAACACUGCCCAGUUGCUGAAUCGCCCCUGAAGAGGGUGGCGCCUCUAUUAAAGAGUCCAGCUAGGUAGAUACAUAUCAGCUCUCCCAAGUGAAACAUUCGCAACCGGUGGCCAGCUGUGCAUUCUUGACAAAGCACAGGAUUCCAGACUGACUGC